UCUCCUCUCCUCUCCUCUCCUCUCUCUCUUGGGAUUCACUCUCUUAAGCCUCUCUAUCUCUCUCUCUCUGUUUGGGUUGUUUGGGUUGUGGGAAAAUGAGCUUUCUAAGUAUGGUGGAGGCAAAAUUGCCACCAGGUUUUAGGUUCCAUCCAAGAGAUGAAGAACUAAUAUGUGAUUACUUGAUGAAAAAAAUUAUGGGCAAUAAUUGGAAAGGGAUGAGCAACUCCUCUUAUGAAGAAUCUCCUAUGAUGAUUGAAGUUGAUUUGAACAAGUGUGAGCCUUGGGAGCUUCCUGAAGUGGCUUGUGUUGGAGGAAGGGAAUGGUAUUUCUUCAAUCAGCGUGAUCGGAAGUAUGCGACCGGACUUCGAACAAACCGAGCGACAGUGGCCGGAUAUUGGAAAGCCACAGGAAAGGAUAGACAGAUCAUCAGGAAAGGGACCCUUGUGGGUAUGAGGAAAACCCUAGUUUUCUACCAAGGGAGGGCACCCAAAGGGAAAAAGACAGACUGGGUCAUGCAUGAGUUCAGGAUUGAAGGACCUCCAGAGCUAAUACCAAAAAACUCUUUUCAGGAAGAUUGGGUGCUUUGUAGAGUAUUCUAUAAAAAUAGAGGAGUUUCUGCCAAAUCAAGUGUGGAAAACUGCUAUGAAGACUCUGGAACUUCUUCACUUCCACCUUUAAUGGAUUCCUACAUCAGUUUUGAGCAAACUCCACCUAAUCUAGUUGAGUAUGAGCAAGUGCCCUGCUUCUCCAGUUUUGCUCAAAAUCAGGCCAACCCAAACAUGUCAGCUUAUGCUCAAAUGGAACCAAAUGUACUCACUAAGAGUAAUUUAACCAAUUUUGGGGGAGGAUCUGAUGAUAUGAAUACCUUCUCAAAUCCAACUUGUGAUAAAAGGGUUAUAAAAGCAGUGUUGAAUCACAUCAGCAAGUAUGAUACCAAUUUGAAGGUGGAAGAGUCUCCAAUUUUAGGUGAAGGAAGUCCAGAAAGCUUUUUAUCUGAGUUGGGUUUGUCAAAUAUGUGGAAUAGCCCAUAUUGAAUUUUCAAAGACAAAGAGAGAGAGAGAACAUCAUGUGUCAUGAAAUUAAGGAUGGG